AGUAGCCUCUAAUAAUGAUGAAAUAAAAAUGCGACAACAAAACCUUCUCUCUCAUAUAUUUUUAUUUUAAGCAACCUUCACCUUUAUCAACACACUCUUCUUCGUCUACUUCUUCAUCUUCUUCUUAAACGUCUGUCAAUGGCAUGUUAUACAACCAUAAUCACGGUAUUUUUGGUCCUGAACUUAGUUCAAGGUGCACCUCAAGUGCCUUGUUAUUUCAUUUUUGGGGACUCGUUACUUGAUAAUGGCAACAACAAUGACCUUAACACAGCAGCAAGAGCUAAUUAUCUACCUUAUGGAGUUGACUUCCCCGACGGUCCAACUGGUCGAUUCACCAAUGGCCGCAAUAUGGCAGAUUUCCUAGGGGAACACCUUGGUUUUGAUAACUACAUUCCACCUUAUGCUAGUGCAACGGGUGAUGAGAUCUUGCAAGGUGUGAAUUAUGCAUCUGGUUCAGCUGGAAUUCGCAACGAUACAGGAAAUCACCUUGGCUAUCGGAUUUACUUGGGCAGGCAAUUGGAGAAUCAUAAAGUCACAAUAUCCCGAAUAGCUGAUUUACUUGGGAAUACAACCUCAGCCAAAAACCACUUGAAUAAGUGCCUCUUCAUUGUGGGAAUAGGCAGCAAUGACUACAUCAACAAUUUUCUAAUGCCAGAUAUCUAUCCAACAAGUCAUUUGUACACACCAAGUCAAUACGCAACAGUCUUGAUAGAACAGUACUCCCAACAGCUAAAGGAUUUGUAUGAAGAUGGAGCAAGGAAAAUCACCCUAUUUGGACUGCCCCAAAUAGGUUGCAUUCCAGAUGAGUUGAAAAAACACAGCACACUUUUAUGUGUUGAUUCAACAAAUGAGGCAGUUCAAUUAUUCAACCAAAACCUUAAAGCUCUUGUUGACGAUCUUAAUACCAAUUUACCGGACGCACAAUUCAUAUACAUAAACAUGUAUAGCAUUUCAUCCGCAAUUGCUAUAACUCUUUUGAAUUAUCCAUGCUGCCAAGUUUCGAAGAUCAUGCCUGAAGGGCAAUGUAUUCCAGGAAAAGCUCCAUGCCUUAUUAGGCCUACACAUCUCUUUUUUGAUAAUUUCCAUCCCACUGAAAUUGCCAAUUCGAUCGCUAUAAAUAGAGCUUACAAUGCUCUUCUAUCCUCUGAUGCUUAUCCUAUGGACAUUCGUCACUUGGUCACGGGCAACAAAUUGUAUUAUGAUCAGUAACUUUCGCGUAUUUCACAAUUUUCAUGCAUAUUUGUAAUAAUCGCUUAUGCUAUAGAAUAAGAAUUUAAAUCCAGUGUAUCUUUUUGGAUUGGAUUAAAAUUGAUCAUGUUCCAGAUUGGUC